AUGGCAGGAGAUGCUGGUGCCAAUUUGUUAUAUUUAGAGAAUCUUGAUGAAUAUGUUAAUGAUGAAAAUAAAAUUGUGACAUAUAAAUGGUUAAGUUGUACCUUACAAAUUCAUGUUAAUUUGGCCAAGAGAUUAUUAUAUUUAUUUCUACAACAAGAAAGAAAUGAGAAAGAUAAUGAUUUAUCUGUGACAUAUUUUGUAGCUGGUCAACAUAAAGAUAACAAUGGUAACCAGAAACAUAUUUGUUGUGUAGUACCAGAGACUGAACUAUCUACAGUUAAAUCAAGGUUAUCACCAGUUACUAGCUGUCAUAUCUAUAGUGUACACAAAGUUAAACUCAAGGACACUAAUGCCUUGUAUACCACUGAUUAUGAAAAAAUAAAAGAAGAUAUAUACAAUGCUUGCAGGGGUAUAACUUGUAUGAAAUACAUUUGUUCAAAACAGGACCAUGCACACAAUUACUUCACCCCUUUGGCCAUCUCGUGUGAAAAGAAAGAAAAUGUGACGGCACCACCAUCCAAUAUGACCAAUAUAAAAAAGAAACCAGAACCAAAAGGAAGUAUAGCAACUAUGUUUGGUAAUACUAAUAAAAAGACCACAGUUAAAUCAGAAAUUGAAGAAACAUCUUCACAAAAUAAAACAGAAAAACCUAAAACUCAGGAGAAAACAAACAAUAAAAAAGAUGGAAUGAAGGCUUUCUUUAAACCUGGAGAAAAGAAAGGCGAUGAUUCAUUUUUAGAUGAAAAACCUAAAGAAGACAAGAAAUCUCCAAUAAAAAAUCAGACCCAAAUUCAGAAAGACACAAAUAAAAGUAGAAAUGGUAAAAAGAAAGCUAGUAGUGAUGCAGAAGAUAAUAGAAAGAAUCAAACUAAAAGACGUAGAAUAAAGGCUGAUUUAUUUGACAGUAGUUCUGAAGAAGAAAUGGUUAUAUCAGAUGAGGAGGAGUUAAUACCACCAACACCACCUAGAGAAGCUAGUCCAGUUCCCUCACCCAGAUCACCAUCACCAGUUAAACAAUUACCAGAUAAACAAUCACCCAAGAAACAGAAUGGUGAGAAAAGAGCUGCCAAUAAUAAUAGUGGUGAGAGAAAAAGAAAGCGUAUCAAAAGAUUAGUUAAUAAAACAUAUAAGGAUGAAGAUGGCUUUAUGACUACAGAGAAAGUAUAUGAAACAGAUUCUACUGAUGUAUCUGAUGAAGAAGAACCAAUACCAAGUAAAACUCAACAGAAAACACCAGCUGAUACUUCUUCUAAACAUGAGGCACAGAAAAAGAAAUCACCACCCAAUAAAAAACAGUCACCAGUUAAAGGCAAACAGAUGUCCUUAACAUCAUUUUUUACAAAAAAAUAAAAACUUUAUUAAAUCUCUACAGUAUACAUAAUUAUUAUAAAUAAAAGUAAUUGGUAUUUACAGUCUUGUAUUGUUGAGACAGAAACAUAUUACAGAUAAAGAGGUAUUUCUUUUGCCAUUUUUUUAAAUAUUGCUCAAAGUUCUGAGGAUUUCGUUUGUUGUAUUUGGGGCAUGUGGUACCUUUGUUUAUUUAUAUUUCUGCAGACCAAACUUGACCAAGCCAAAAUGUUUAUGUGCAUAGGUUUCAAAGGUUGUGAAUGCUGGCCCAUACUAAACUAUGUAUGGUUCUUACAUGGAAAUAACACAGACGAACAUAGUUCACACCGGCUUUGAAUUUCCAAUCUAGUAUCCAAAAAAGCCUUCAAAUCACAAGCAAAGCCAUUUCUUCACCUUUACAGAAAAGUAAAGUUUGAGUAAAAUGAAUACUACUAAUUUAUUAUUACUUCCAAAAUAUACAAAUAAAUAUGAUGAGAGAACCGGUACUGUUAAUUCCUUAUGAAAUAAUGCCAUUUGCGACUGUUGUGGUUUUACAGUGUGUGAUAAAUUCAUGGCCAAAAUAUUAUCUCAAUGAGUAGCCUACCAACAAAUUCACACAGAAUGGACCCUGUCUUAUUAUAUUUUCCCCCAAAAAAUCUUACAAAAGAUAAACAAGAUGAAAAUAAACAAUUUACAUAUAAGUUAAAACAAAAUAUCUAGACACCCCUUUCUUAGUGUUCCAAAUAUAUUUGUAUUUGACUCUAAAUUGAUACUUAAAUGUUUCCUGUGUUCAUCAUGGGUAUUUUGAACAUCCAUUCAGAUUUCAUGUAUGAUGUGUAAAACCCAACAAAUAAGAUAAAAUCAGUUAAAAGCGCCUCAUAAAUUACUUCAAAAUUAUUCUCCCUUAGUCUCAAAAUCAAUCAGUAAUAGUGUUUACAGCUCACCGUCUUCAAAUGCAUAUGAGUCCAGAAUGUUUGAUUGUUAAAAAAAUAACGAAACACUGCCAUAUAAAACAUAUAUAAAGAAAUAGGAAAAGAACUGAUAAUUUCUAAUACUU